AUGGAGUGGAUUUGUUGUUUGUUUCUUGUUUUUGUGGUCGUGCUCACCGCGCUACUAAUAAAAGUGCGAAUCCAGAAGGCUUUGACGAGCACCAGACCACCAAGCCUGCCCUCGUUCCCCAUCAUCGGGAGUAUUCUCAGUUUGCGAAGCGACCAGCCCCCGCACGUUUUCUUCCAGGAGCUGCAGAAGAAGUAUGGUGAAACCUAUUCGCUAAGGAUGGGCUCCCACGACGUGAUUAUCGUCAACAGCCACCAGCAUGCGAAGGAAGUGCUUCUGAAAAGAGGCAAAAUAUUUGCAGGAAGACCAAGAACUGUCACGACAGACAUACUGACGAGGGACGGUAAAGAUAUUGCAUUUGCAGAUUACAGUGCCACAUGGAGGUUCCAUAGAAAGAUGGUGCAUGGGGCUCUGUGUAUGUUUGGAGAGGGAUCGGCCUCCAUCGAACAGAUAAUUUGCAGAGAGGCCUCCUCUAUGUGCCAGACUCUGAAGCAGCAGCAGAGCACGGCGGUGGACCUGGCUCCAGAGCUGACCCGCGCCGUCACUAACGUCAUCUGCGCACUGUGCUUCAGCUCGUCGUACCAGCGGGGCGACCCGGAGUUCGAGGCCAUGCUCCGCUACAGCCAGGGCAUCGUGGACACGGUGGCCAAGGACAGCCUGGUGGACGUCUUCCCCUGGCUGCAGAUAUUCCCCAACAAAGAUUUAAACAUUCUGAGGCAGUGUGUGGCUAUUAGAGACAGUCUUCUGCAGAAAAAGUAUGACGAACACAAGGCGGAAUACAGUGAUGACACGCAGCGGGACCUGCUUGAUGCGCUGAUCAGAGCCAAGCGCAGCGCUGAAAACAAUAACACCUCCUUAACUCAGAGCCUGGGACUGACAGACGAUCACCUGCUGAUGACUGUAGGAGACAUCUUUGGUGCCGGCGUGGAAACCACCAGCACGGUUUUGAAAUGGGCAAUUGCCUACCUCAUCCACCAUCCCCAGGUGCAGAAGAAGAUUCAGGAGGAGCUGGACAGUAGAAUUGGAAUGAACAGACACCCCAAAUACAGCGACAAAGGCAACCUGCCGUAUCUCGAGGCCACCAUCAGGGAGGUGCUGAGAAUCCGGCCGGUGUCGCCCCUCCUCAUACCCCACGUGGCCCUCGCUGACUCCAGUAUUGGGGAAUACACAGUUGGAAAAGGGACCAGAGUCAUCAUUAAUUUAUGGUCUCUGCAUCAUGAUGAGAAGGAGUGGCAGAACCCAGAGAUCUUUGAUCCCGGGCGCUUUCUGGACGAGGAGGGCAGCGGCCUGGGCAGCCCCUCAGAGAGCUACCUGCCGUUCGGGGCUGGGAUCCGGGUGUGCCUCGGGGAGUCCCUGGCCAAGAUGGAGCUGUUCCUCUUCCUGGCCUGGAUCCUGCAGCGCUUCACCCUGGAGGUGCCCCCCGGCCAUCCCCUGCCUGAUCUGGACGGCAAAUUCGGGGUGGUUCUGCAGGUGCAGAAGUACAAAGUUUGUGCAAGGCUCAGGACCUGCUGGGCUGAGAGCCAAACAGAUGCUUAACUCCACAGACCAGGUCUGCUUGACCAGACCUGGGUCAAAUACGUAACCGUUUACUUUUCUGUGCUUGAUUGAUGCUUGCUUGGUGCAAUAGAUGACCAGAAGGUGGGGUUUGCACCUUUUGUUAAUAUUUCAUAGGUUCCAAUACACCAGAGAAGCUCAGUAAAGCGUAGAAAGGGAUUACAUAUUUGACCCAGAUCUGCAUCUGAAGUCAAAUAAAAACCCAACCUGCUGCUGACAUCACAAGAAGUUGGGUCAAAACCCCCAACCUACUGCUCACUAACCUGAGCAUGUAAGUGGGAAGUCAUGCCACAGGGAUAUAUUGCCAGCCAUUGCAGCAAUAUGAUGUAAACUUUGCUAGACUUAUAUCUUCUGCUGCUGUAGCCUAUCCACUUUGAGGUUUGACACGUUGUUGUUCAGAGAUGCUCUUCUGCAUACCACUGUUGUAAUGUGUGGUUAUUUGCAUUACUGUCACCUUCCUGUCAGCUUUGACCAGUCUGGCCAUUCUCCUCUCUCAUUGACAAUGCAUUUUGGCCAGCAGAACUGCUGCCACUGGCAACAUUGCAACAUUCUCUGUAAACUCAUGUUAUGCAUGAAAAUCCCUGGAGACCAGCAGUUUCUGAGAUAUACAAACCACCCUGUCUGGCAUCAACAGUCAUUCCACGAUCAGAGUCACUUAGAUCACAUUUUCUCCCCAUUCUGGUGGUUGAUGUGAAUAUUAACUGAAGCUCCUGACUGUUAUCUGCAUGAUUUUAUGCAUUGCACUGCUGCCACACGAUUAGCUGAUUAGAUAAUCACAUGAAUAAGUCAACUGAAAGUGCGCAGGGAGUGUAUAUUUGUGCUUUCUUAAAACAGAACAGGGAUGUCUUUUAGAAUGCUAAAAUCAUAUCCCUGUUUGAUUUUAUUUUUAUUAUGCAUUAAGAUUUUCAAAUGAUGAAUGGGUGAAGAGAUGGCGUAUUAUGUUUUUGUAGAAAAAAUAGUUUCAAGAAAAAAACCUCUUUGCACUUAUACUUACUAAAUGCCAUGUAAUGUAAUGUAAAAAAAAACAACAAAAAAAGAAUUCAAUAACACUAUUAUUAUUAUUAUUAUUUGAAAUCUUGCAGUAAAUGUGUCAUUCAAUUAAUUCAGGAGCUGUGUUCCAAAAUCAUUGAAAAUACUUGGUGUGCUGUGUGAAGUCAUUCUCAUUCCAUCUCAAUGGCCACAUCUUUCCUUCCAUUCACAAAGGCUGAGAUGCUUUGCUUCAAAUAAAUGCACGCACGCACACACACAUGCACAAUUAUCAGUUUCACAUCAUUACGCGUGACCAGAUUGUUAAACCUUAUCACAUGUAAGGAAUGUUCACCAUAAGAUUCCAUUCUGGACAAACUACAUUUCUUGUCUAGUCUUUAAAAUGGCAAAUGGCAACAGCAAGUGGAGGAAGAUGUUCGAUUUAAAUGUGCGUGUUGCAAGAUACCGGUUUUGAAUUUGCUGGAAACUUCUGAAACAUUACAGAUGUAAAGGCCCAAGGUCAGCGGUUUGUCCAUUAAACUGUCAUUUUCAUGCACAUUCCUGUGAUGUAAUCUGUCAAUAAUUGAUUCCGGCUGUGCCAUUCUAUCCUUUUCUCACGUUACAUGUGACACGUGGUUGUUAUUCAACUGAAAUUCUACUCAGCCAAUAGUCAACCUACUAACAAUGAGCACUGUUAUUUACAGCAGACAUUGAAUAAACACAAUGAACACAGUAUAA